GGGUGCUGGUUCCUUUUAGUUUUUUACUCUCUCAGUUUAAAAGUCCUGAUCAGUUAUUGACCUCGAGGAAUCUGGCUGUCAGUUUCUGUUCAUGUCCUUUUGCAUUUACACCGAUUGUAGCCACCCAAAAUGAAGACCAGCUUCACCAGAUAAUGAAGUGCUUGGGUUUUUUGGUCGGCCCUGAGUUUUAGUAUUAAUAGUCUUGUCUCUCUGUUUUCAUUUCUGGUCUGAGCUCAAACAUCAUACAGUUGAUCCUGCAAGAAAUAAAGGGAGUGUUUCUCAUGGCUGUGAUGGGAUCAAGAUGGUGGGGUUUGAGUUUGAGAAUUAUAGGAGGAGCAACUUUGAUUGUUUCUCUUGGUAUGGCUUCAAUGGUUGCCAUAGCUGAAGCAAGACUGAGAAAACAAGUUUCAAGUGUUCACGGGAGCAGCCCCCAGGUUGAGGCUGGUCUUUUGAUGAGAGUAUUAAAUUUCUUGUGGCAAAAAGGUUUAUAUGGAUAUACACAUGUCUGGCCGGACAUGAAAUUUGGCUGGAGAAUUGUAGUUGGAACCAUAAUUGGAUUUUUUGGAGCAGCACUUGGGAGUGUAGGAGGUGUUGGUGGCGGUGGCAUUUUUGUUCCCAUGCUUACCUUGAUUAUUGGGUUUGAUGCAAAAUCAUCUACUGCUAUAUCUAAAUGUAUGAUUACAGGUGCAGCAGCUUCAACAGUAUACUACAAUUUAAAGCGUAGGCAUCCUACAUUGGAUUUGCCCGUUAUUGACUACGACUUGGCGCUCUUAUUUCAACCAAUGUUGGUGUUAGGAAUCAGCAUUGGGGUGGCUUUCAAUGUGAUUUUUGCUGACUGGAUGAUCACGGUUUUGCUAAUCAUUCUCUUUAUAGGCACAUCAACUAAGGCUUUCUUGAAAGGUGUGGAAACAUGGAAGAAAGAAACUCUAUUAAAACAGGAGGCUGCUAGGCGUUUGGAAUCAAAUGGUAAUCUUGACGAUGAUGACAAUGAAGAAGUGGAAUACAAACCUCUUCCUGGAGGUCCAAGCGGUGAAGGAGAAGCAGAAAACAAGGGGCCUAAAAAAGAAGAGGUCUCUAUUAUGGAGAAUGUGUACUGGAAGGAACUUGGACUGCUCUUUGCUGUCUGGUGUGCAAUCCUUGCAUUGGAGAUUGCCAAGAAUUAUACAACUACUUGUUCGAUGGCAUAUUGGGCGCUGAACCUAUUACAGAUCCCUGUGGCUGUUGGUGUGUCUUCAUAUGAGGCAGUAAGCUUGUACAAGGGACGAAGGAAGAUUGCAUCCAAGGGAGAGACUGGCACAAAUUGGCGAGCACACCAGCUGGUCCUAUAUUGUGCCUGUGGUGUAUUGGCUGGUAUGGUUGGUGGCUUACUUGGUCUAGGUGGAGGAUUCAUCUUGGGACCUCUUUUUCUGGACUUGGGAAUCCCACCUCAGGUAUCAAGUGCCACAGCGACCUUUGCUAUGACAUUUUCUGCGUCCAUGUCAGUUGUAGAGUAUUACCUCCUGAAACGUUUUCCAGUCCCUUACGCUCUAUACUUCGUUGCUGUGGCGACUGUUGCUGCCUUCGUAGGGCAGUUUGUGGUGCGAAAGCUGAUCAAUUUAUUAGGGAGAGCAUCACUCAUCAUCUUCAUCCUUUCCUUCACCAUUUUUGUGAGCGCAAUAUCACUAGGUGGAGUCGGGAUAGAAAACAUGAUUGAGAAGAUUGAACACCAUGAGUACAUGGGAUUUGAAAACAUUUGUUCAUAUGAAGCGUAGUCCUGGAGAACUUUAUUUUUUUCUUUUUUCCCUGUUAUGUCAAUCGCCUUUCCAUCGUUUAUUUUGGCUUCAACAUCCUACGAGCACUUGAUUUCAAUUUCUGAAUUCUCCAUCUUGGGCAA